AUGGAAGAAUUACAAGACGCCAGCAUUCAUCAUACGGCUGCCAAGUUAAUCAGUACAAUUAAGACAUUAAAAAAUUACGAGCCACUUUAUCAAAAUGUUCAGAAAUUGGUGUGCAGUCCCAAUGUGGAUCGUAAUGAUAUGUGCAAUACUUUAGAAGAGGCCAUUAAAAAUGCCGGCAUUGAAACCGAUAUACGCAAUAUUAUAUUUCAUUUGGUGCGCAGUAAACUGAAACCGGAGGAGAAAGUGUCACAGACAAAUACGAAUGACCCUUUAGCCUAUUUGAAACGUGCUGGCGUUCAAUGGGAUCGUCGUGUGCGUAAAAGUUUAAAUGCCAUGUGUUCAGAAUUGAAAAUGGCUUGUCAAGGUCAACCGCGCAUACCAGCCGAUCGUGAGGAAUUACUCAAUAAAUGGGAUGAAUUAAGUAAUUACACUAUAGAUUUAGCCAAUUAUCGGCCAGUAUAUGCUCCUAAAGAUAUUCUAGAUGUUUUGCUUUCUUUAAAGGGUCCCACCAAAUCCCCAGAGAAUACUGAACAGGUGCCGAAAUGGGAAUUUUCGCAUAUAUCACUGCCAGUUAAGAAUCUAUUUGAAUUGCGAAAUCAUUAUAAUGAUCUAAUGCGUAAUGAAACGUAUGUCGGUGCUGCCGAUAUAAAUGUACAAUGUCAACGUGUACUGGAGUCAAAACAUGCGGUGCUCUGUCAACAUUUACUAAGAAAAGGCAAUACACCAGCACCCUAUAGGGGUGCUUUGUGGGUAUGUUUGGGUAGUCAUGUCAACGAUUAUGACAUUGAUCACUGGAACAAAUUGAAACAUAUGGUUUUGGCCACCGAUCAUAUUGUUGAUAAAUUAGUUUUUAAAGAUAUACAACUUACUGCCUCCAAUGAUGAUCAGUAUUUUGUUUUUGAGGAUGUUCUCUAUCAGGUGAUGUUGUGUUUUUCACGCGAUACAGAGAUCGCCCAAAUGAUUCAGUUUGAACAUUAUCCCAUUAAGGGUAAACAUUAUGAGGCUCCGCCGUCGGGAGUGGUGCCGUUUCAUGGUAUUUGUAUGUUUGCUGCUCCAUUUUGUUAUUUGUAUGAUUCACCCAUUGGUUUAUAUUUCACCUUUCGAGCAUUUUACAUCAGAUAUUGUCAUCGUUUGACCACUAUUAAUACUCAUCCUCAGGGCAUUGUCAGCAUAUGUUUACUGUUCGAGAAACUUUUACAAACCCACGAGCCACAAUUAUGGUCACAUUUUCGAGAGUUACAAAUACAACCCAUUCGUGUUGUCUUCAAAUGGUUAAUGCGUGCAUUUAGUGGCCACUUACCUCCCGAUCAAUUGCUAGUAUUAUGGGAUUUGAUCUUGGGCUUUGAUAGUUUAGAAAUUCUCUCCAUAUUUGCUAUCAUUAUUUUAUCAUUUCGCAAAGAGAGCAUUAUGCAAGUAACUUCUCUGGAUAGUAUCGAAGCAAUAUUGGCGGAUUUAUCAUCGAUAAAAGUUUUGCCUCUGGUACAGUUGGCUUUAAGUAGAGAUUAG